AUGGCAACAAUGACACAGACCACGGCUGCUGAGCCUCAGCAUAUCCCCUUGACUCGGCUGCAUGAUGGACCGCAGCAAACGGAUGUCGAGGCUUCUAUACCACCACCAGAGGCGCCACCUUUUGAUGCCGUGGAUGCUCAUGCUGCAGCUCCGAUAUUCAAAUUGAUUGUUGCCGGCUUUUCCUUUUUCUGUGCCGGGGUCAAUGAUGGAACUUUGGGACCCUUGAUCCCGUACAUGCUCGAGGCUUUUGGCAUUGGCACUGGAGAUGUCGCCAUCAUCUAUGGUACCACCUUUGCCGGAUGGCUUGUUGCCGCCUUGACAAACCCGAUUCUGACUGCCCACCUGACAUUGGGACAACUCCUGGGAGCAGGAGCAGCACUCCAACUGCUGGCACAAUGUUUACGGCCUCGUGGCGGCUUUGCCCAAUUCUGCGCAACCUUUUCGAUCCAGGCCCUGGGCAUGGCCUACCAGGACAGCCACUCCAACGCCUUUGUCGGCGGACUCGAAAAUGUCCCGCACCGCUGGCUCAGCUUCAUCCACGCCUGCUACGCCCUGGGCACCUUUGUCGGUCCCCUGACUGCCACGGGCGUCGCCAACCAGGCUCCUGGCAUCUAUGGCGGCGUCGAGGGCUGGCGUCUGGUCUACUUUGGCCUCGUGGGCAUUGGCGUCUUGAAUCUCGCGGGCGUCGUGGUGGCGUUUGGUGAUAGCUUUUGGAGCCGGCGCGCGGCUGCAGAGGGACACCAGACAGAGGGCGGCGGCAGCGCUCGCAAGACCAAGGUUGCCAUGCUAGAAAUGGGCAGUCUCCUGCGGCUCAAGGUCGUCUGGCUGCUGAGUCUCUUUUACUUUUUUGAGCUGGGCGCUGCCAUGACGGCGAGCGGCUGGGUGGUCGAGUUUCUCACCACGUCGCGCGGCGGCGACAUUGCACAAAUGGGUUACGUGCCUGCAGGCUUCUCCGGCGGCCUGUUUCUGGGCCGGAUCCUGCUGGCCGAGCCAACCUUUCGCUUUGGCGAGCAGAGAAUGAUUCUCAUAUACAGCGUUGCCUGUGCGGCGCUGCAGCUCGUAUUUUGGUUGCAGCCCAAUGUCAUUGCCAGUGCGACGGCUCUCAGUGUCAUGGGAUUCUUGUUUGGCCCCUUUUUCGCCACUGGCAUGUCGGUGGCCUCCAAGCUGCUCCCCAAGAGCUCACAGGCAGCGGCCCUCGGCUUCAUCUUUGUCAUGGCUCAGGCUGGUGGUGCCAUUUUCCCGUCCAUUACUGGUGUCAUUGCCACGAGUGCUGGCGUUGCCGUGUUGCAGCCGAUAGUGUUGGCCUUGAUUCUUGCAGGAGGUAUUGACUGGUUCUUGAUACCAAAGAUUCCAGGCCGGAGUGACUAA